AAUUUUUACGAAAGGACAUCCCUAAGAAAAUCUAGGGUGGAGCGUAAGGAGGAAGGCAAGGAGGAGUCGCAUUUUCGUGAAAAACCCCAAUCCUAAUCCUUAAACCCCAAAAUAGAAUCUUUUGCUGCGUGAUUCCUAAGGGCAAUCCUCAUCGGAGCCGGCGGCGGCGGCGGCGGCGAUGGGCUGCGCGACCAUCGUCAUCGUUGGGUUAUGAGAUCGCUUGCCAUUUCUCAUCUCCAUCUCAAAUCUGUAUUCUCUCUCCAUAGCUCUCUCAUGGCUUCCUCUUUCUCACAAACCAUUAAACCAGAUUUACCUGAACACCUCGAUGACCUUCUAUGCUCCAAUCAACAGCAGCAACAACGAGAGGAAUGCUCAUCUGUCACAAAAUCCGAUGAGCCAUCGCUUCUCUUGGGGUCGCCGAAUGGAUAUUUGAGUGGCGACUCGCGCAUAGAGCGAGCCUGGGCUCACUGGUCGAAGCUCGGCCGGCCGAAGUUGAUUGUGGCUCCGAUGGUUGAUAAUUCCGAGCUACCGUUCCGUUUGCUCUGCAGGAAAUAUGGUGCCGAGGCGGCGUAUACGCCAAUGCUACAUUCGCGGAUCUUUACCGAGAACGAGAAGUAUCGGAACAUGGAAUUUACCACUUGUCAGGAGGACCGCCCAUUAUUUGUUCAAUUUUGUGCCAAUGAUCCCGAUGUUUUGUUGGAAGCUGCUAGAAGAGUGGAGCCAUAUUGUGAUUACGUCGAUCUUAACUUAGGGUGUCCUCAGCGAAUUGCAAGGCGAGGAAAUUAUGGGGCUUUUUUAAUGGAUAACUUACCUCUUGUAAAAGCAAUAGUGCAGAAGUUGUCAUCCAAUCUUCAGGUUCCUGUAUCAUGCAAAAUCCGAAUCUUCCCUAACUUACAGGAUACCCUUAAUUAUGCAAGAAUGUUAGAGGAUGCUGGUUGCUCUCUUCUAGCUGUCCAUGGUCGCACAAGAGAUGAAAAAGACGGUAAGAAAUUCCGUGCUAACUGGAGUGCCAUCAGUGCUGUUAAAAACGCUGUACAAAUUCCAGUUCUUGCCAAUGGGAAUAUAAGGCACAUGGAAGAUGUUAACAACUGUUUGCAAGAGACUGGGGUCGAGGGUGUUCUUUCAGCAGAAACCCUUCUUGAGAAUCCUGCACUUUUUGCUGGGUUUCGAACUGCUGAAUGGGUAGAGGGCUGUGACGAAAAUUGCAGAGAUGGAAACCUGGAUCAAGCUGCGCUGCUGGUGGAGUACUUGAAGCUUUGUGAACAGUACCCUGUUCCGUGGAGAAUAAUCCGUUCGCAUGUACACAAGAUGUUGGGAGAUUGGUUCAAGAUUCAUCCACAUGUCAGAGAAGAUUUCAAUGCACAAUUCAAGCUCACCUUUGAAUUUCUUUACAUUAUGGUGGACCGGCUUAGAGAGUUGCAGGUAAAAAUUCCUCUUUAUCUCAAGGAUUCUCCUGCAUCUGAAAUUUCAUCCAACGGUUGAUUUGAUAGCUUGUUGAAUUAAGCUGAUUAAUAGGCUUACUCUUACUGGUCUUAAAUUAUAGAUUCUUUGGGAAAAUUAGAUUCAUUAUGUUGUUGUACCAUUAAUUUCCAGAUGAAAAUUUUCAUUCUUCAACGAAGAGAAGAUUUUGCAACUAUAGCUGCAAAUUUGUUGACCAAUUGAUUUUAUUAGGGAAGAAAUAGAGUGUCAACAGUACCGUUUGGUUUA